GUGACUGUGUUGACUUUAACAGGAAUGGUUCUACUAAUGACGAUAGGUUUACCUACGUUUGACACUUAACUAUGUUCAGGUGUCUGCCUUUCCUGUCAGGCUGUUGCUAAAUUUAUGAACAAACCAUAUUAACAUAGACGCGCAGUCUUUGCCCUCUUUGUGUACAAACUGAGUCUUCAUUGAAUCGUCGUCAGACGUGCAAAAGCCGGUUGAACAGGUUGUCAGGCAUCCGGUACUGGAGCUGCACAGCUGCAGUGGAAGGCGGGUUUUACCCACGGCGGCUCUGAGCCUUAUCCUUUAUAAUUCUGUUGCCAUAUUUCGGGAAGAAAGUUUUUUUUAUGCUUGCGGUUUCCGGUUAACGGUAGUGUGUUGGAGCCACACAGUGGACUCUCUUCACCAAGACCACGAGACCACCUGCUCAGUCCCGACUCACACAUGGAUGUUCAAGGGUAUAAAUGGGUGCGCUGGCGGGUGUGGUUGUGUCGUGUGGCUGCCGUGCUGUCCUUGGGUCUUCUCCUGAUUGUGUUCCACUGGCGCCCGUGGCUAAGUGUCCUCGCCCGCUGCCGCCCCUGCCCUCUGGCUUUGGCAGAUAUUCUGCUAAUAAGAGACAGUUCUGGCCAGCAGCAUGUGGUGGAGAUCCUCACAGAGGAGAUGGAGGAGGGCAGUUUGGAGUUGUUUGGAGAGCUGGAGAACACUGACUGGAGAGAUACAGUUGAGCUGUACAAGGAGGGGAAAACACAGCUGCGCUACUACCUGUUUGAGGGGCUGCGAUACAUCUGGAUGGACAGGAAGGGAGCUUUCUGUCAUGUUAGUGUCCUCCAUGAGGACUGGACCUGUAAAGACCUGUAUGACUUCCAAAGGGGCCUGAGUCCCCUGGAGCAGAGCCUGAGGAGACAAAUUUAUGGGCCCAACAUUAUAGAUGUGCCAGUGAAGCCUUACAUGAAGCUGCUGUUUGAGGAGAUCCUCAACCCUUUCUAUGUAUUCCAAAUCUUCAGCAUCACCCUAUGGAUGAUUGAUCAUUAUUAUUAUUACGCCAUAUGUAUACUGAUUAUAUCCGUUAUUUCUAUCAGUAUCUCCCUUUAUGAGACCCACAAGCAAAGCGUCACUCUUCACAACAUGGCGCGGCUGGUUACAAAUGUCACAGUACGCAGAAGCUCGGGAGCGGAGGAGUGUGUGAACUCGUUGGAGCUAGUCCCCGGCGACUGCCUGAUCAUCCCUCAGGAAGGCCUGCUGCUGCCUUGUGAUGCUGCCCUGCUGGCUGGGGAGUGUCUGGUCAAUGAGAGCAUGCUCACAGGUGAAAGCGUCCCAGUGCUGAAAACCCCACUGCCGGCUGGUGAGAGGAAGUAUAGCUCCGAGGCUGAGCGCAGACACACCAUCUUCUGUGGUACUCAGCUCAUUCAGGCCAAGGGGGGAGGGCAGAGAGGCAGUGCUGCUGUUGCUGUUGUCACAAACACUGGGUUUUUCACAGCCAAAGGUAGCCUGGUUAGCUCCAUUUUGUAUCCUCAGCCAAUCAACUUCCGCUUCUACAAAGAUGCUGGCAAGUUCCUGCUCAUCCUAGGUUUUGUUGCUUUUUUUGGCACCAUUUACAGCUGUGUAGUCCUCUUCAGAUCCAAUGCAACUUGGAUGGAGUUGCUGAUCAGGAGUUUGGAUGUUGUGACCAUCGCAGUGCCUCCUGCCCUGCCUGCAGCCAUCACUGCUGGCACCAUCUAUGCCCAGCACAGGCUGAAGAGCCAGGGUGUCUUCUGCAUCAGUCCACCACGCAUCAAUGUAUGUGGCAAGGUCUCACUCUUCUGCUUUGAUAAGACAGGAACUCUGACGGAGGAGGGGCUGGAUGUUUGGGGAGUGAUGGAAGGGGGACCUGCUGGGUUCUCAGAGCUGGUCCCAGAGCCCAGACUCUUGCCCCCAGGCCUCAUGCUCUCUGGAUUAGCCUGCUGUCACACUGUGACGCUGCUGGAAGGUCAGCCCCUCGGAGACCCUCUGGAGCUGAAGAUGGUCGAGUCCACUAGUUGGACCCUCCACGAGCCAGAGGGAGAUGAGAUGGUGUUGGGUGAAGAGUUUGGGCAUCACAAAGUUUUGGCUGUUAUGAGACCACCUGCUCACCAGCUUCAAGCUCAAAGAACUUCUACAAGUGAGGCGAUGGCCAUCGUUCAGAGGUUUCCCUUCUCCUCGACCCUGCAGAGGAUGAGUGUGGUGACGGUGCCCUGUGGGGGACGCUCGGCUUUCGCUUUCAUUAAAGGAUCCCCAGAGAUGGUGGCUAGCUUCUGCCGAGCAGACACAGUGCCAGCACAGUUCUCUAACAAACUGCGCAGCUUCUCCAGUGAAGGCCUCAGGGUUCUUGCACUUGGCUAUAAAUCAUUAGAUAGCAACACUGACUUUAGGACCAUUGAACGUGGGGAAGUAGAGAAAGACAUGCAGUUUCUGGGCUUGCUGAUGAUGAAGAACUUGGUGAAGCCAGAGAGUCCCAGAGUUAUUAACACCCUGAGACUGGCACACCUUCGUAGUGUCAUGGUCACUGGAGACAACAUUUUAACAGCAGUUAAUGUAGCAAAAAGCUGUGGGAUGAUGUGCGGUGAUGAGAAGGUCAUAUUUGUUACUGCCACCCCCAACACCACAGAGUCUGUGCCCACCCUGAGGUUCAGCCUGGAAGACGGAACGGCCAAUGGCACCCAAAGCUGCUCAGACGUUGUCACUCUGGGCUUGUACCAGGGUGGUUUUGGCUAUCACUUGGCUAUUAAUGGCAAGUCCUUUGCUGCCCUCUGUGAGCACUUCCCUGACUAUCUGCCAAAGGUUUUGAUGCGAGCCACAGUAUUUGCACGAAUGGCUCCUGAUCAGAAAACCCAGCUGGUGAAGGAGUUCCAGAAACUGAACUAUCGGGUGGGCAUGUGUGGAGAUGGGGCCAAUGACUGUGGAGCCCUGCGAGCUGCUGAUGUCGGAGUUUCCCUGUCUGAGGCUGAGGCUUCGGUUGCUUCUCCUUUCACUUCCAAGACCGAAAACAUCAGUUGCGUGCCACUGCUUAUCAGAGAGGGAAGAUGUUCUCUGGUCACCUCCUUCAGUAUCUUUAGAUACAUGGCCCUGUACAGCCUUGUUCAGUUCUGCUCUGUCCUCAUCCUCUACACAUUUAAGACAACCAUAGGUGACCUGCAGUUCCUGUUUUUUGACAUUGCUUUGGUGACUCUGCUGGCCAUCGUGAUGGGAAAAGGAGGCCCCAGUAAAGAGCUGCACCCCUGCAGACCCCCGGCCAGUCUGCUGACCCUGCCUGUCUUCUGCACCCUCUUCACCCACACCUGUAUGAUCAUCCUGGGCCAGCUGGCUGCGCUCUUCAUCACUACCUCACAGGAAUGGUAUAUUCCGCUCAAUUCAACAGUGUUUGGAGCAGCCAAUCUGCCCAAUAUGGAGAACACCAGUGUGUUUGCCUUGUCAGGUUUCCAGUACAUCAUCAUGGCUGUGGUGGUCACAAAGGGCUACCCUCAUAAGAAACCUCUCUACUUCAAUGUGAUUUUCCUCUGUCUGUUGUUUGUCCUCUUUGCCCUGAUGACGUGGCUGGUGGUGUAUCCUGGGCCUGCCGUUUGCCAAGUAUUUAAACUGUACAACUUCUCCGAUACAAAUUUUAAAAUGCUGCUCGUUGCUCUGGCUUCUCUCUGCUUCCUCGUCUGUUUUGUUGUGGAGCUGCUGGUAGACUUGGGUAUCCUGAACUGUCUUCAGUUACUGCGUGGAAGGCGUCUGUCCAAGAAACAGUAUAAACGUCUGCAAGUCCUAUUGUCUGACUCACCAUCAUGGCCACCUCUUAAUCAAACCCUGUUCCCCGCAGACAGUACAGUCAUCAACAUGAGGUAGCAUCUGCCUUCCCCCUGUUGGACACUGACUUCACCGACAAUGCAAAGUCAUGUUUACUGUAUUAAUAAAAAGCAUUAUAUGUAAACUUUAGUGUGUAUUAUGUUAAUACAGUAUUAGUACACUG